AUGGCGCAGCCUAUCGCUGAUGUGAGGGCCCUGCGUCGCGUCACGUUUGCCGGUGGGAUAGGGGAGUUGCCCGAUGAGGCAAGUGCCAACGGGGACUCCAUCGUGUCGUGGGCCGGCACAGCAGCAGCAGACGUGCGCCACGAGAAGGACGAGCUCAUUGGUUGCGUGAGUGCGGCAUUGCUACAGGAGGUGUGUUUUCCCCCGAAGAAGCCACGCGACGGGACAUCGACGGUGGAGUACGAUAACGUCAUGCGCAUCGCCACGUUGGUACACACCAUUAGUAUGGAGGACGGUGAGUUUGUCUUGAAGCUUGCGUUGUACGUCCGCCACGAUCUCAACAUACGUCGGACUGCCGCUCUCCUCGUUGCGUUGAGCGCAUUUGAGUCCAACUGUCAGCCGUUUCUCACGUGCUACAUGAAGCGUAUCCUCCAAUUGCCGUCCGACUGGCUGAGUACCGCCAGCUUUGCGAUGUACCAGCAGCAGGAGCUGCUGUGCCGCCCAACGGCUGACACGUGGGGCCCCUGUUCCCCUGUCAAGAGUGAGCCACAAGGGCAGCAGCAGCAGGAGCGUCGCGGCUUGCCCAACGCACUGCGUCGCGCCCUCGUGGCAACCUUCACCAUGUUUGACGAAUUUGCCCUUUCAAAGUACAACAACGAGAGGUCCGUCAAGCGCGCACGGUCGAAACGCCGCGCCACCGCGUUGUUUGCGUCAUCCCCCACAACCGCUACUACACAGUGGACCCUCAAGGACUUUGUGCGGCGGUUGCAUAUCUCGGAACCCGCAUACGCCGUCUGCUGCCUGCUGGGCAAGCGCUACCCCAGCACGGUGGAGGAGUUCUGCCAGCGCGGGCUGGACGAAGGCGGCACGCGCACCUUCGAUCCCGCGCUGUGCGGUCAGCGCAUGCGGCUGCCGGUCGCUGAGACGUGGGAGACGCAGCUGUCGUCGCGCGGCAACCGCGGCGCCGUCUGGGACGACCUCGUCGCACGCAACCGCCUACCGUUCAUGGCCACCCUACGGAACCUGCGCAACAUUGUUCUGCGAAAGUGCUGCGACGAGACGCACGCGACGCUACUACGGCGGCUGACGUCAGAGGAGGAGGUGGCGAAGUCGCGCCAGUUCCCGUAUCGAUUUCUCAGCGCCUACGAGGCUCUGCAGUUCACGGCAAGAGAAGAACUUGAGGAAUUGUACGACAGGGCAUACAGACCUCAGAAUAGGCGCAAAAAGCUCAGAGACAAGGCACCCACAGAGGCAGAGGUCAUGGAGUUACAGAAGACGUACAAAGCGGCACUGAACCAGGCGGCGGAGAUCUCAGCGCGGCUGAAUAUUAUACCAAUUCGAGGAAGUUCGCUCGUUAUACUGAAUGCAACCCACGAGUCAAUGUAUGAGGGCGCUUCCGGUAGGGCGAUGAUUGACAAGGCGAUCAUGCUGUCGGUUGCUUUCAAGUACGCAUGCGAGCAUUGCGUACUACUGGUGAUUUGCGGUGACAAACACCGCAUGAUUGAGCGGGACUUCCGCAGCACGGGUGGCAUGCUGCAUCACGUGGAGAAGAUCGGCAUCGCAUGCCGGAAUAUGAAAGAUGGCAACCAGCCACAGCGCAUCACUCAGGAAGAGAAGCAGGGGGCGGGAGUGACAAAGUUCCCCUAUGCCUAUCUGGACAACGUCAUUGAGCGUCGUCUGAGCCUCCAGGCGCUGGUGGUCAUGGACUGCGAGCAUAGUUGCUACUCAGGGCAGAACGAUGCCCCGUCGCUAGGCGAUCUUCCUGUGUACCUUGAACGUAUGCGAAGUAUGUGUAAUGAAGAGCUUCUCUUUGUGGGGCUCAGCACGUCAUCAAGAAAUUCGUUCGUUAACGAUGUACGCAUGCGCUACCGCCAUAGGAACGACAUUCUUCUGACAGGCUUCUCCGAUGCUGUGCUGCGCAUCGUGGCGGAGCGGGCUGGUGGCGGGCCACGUCGCUACAUUGAGCGCGCUGACGAGGUAUACAACGUCAAUCGCGCGGCGAUUUGUCCGGGUUUUACGUUGGAAAGCGACCUGCAGGUGCUGCAGGAAGUUUUUGAGCUCGAGAAGGCGCGUGGAAUUAGCACGGGCACCAACGGAUCGGAGAUGCUAUCUGAAGAGGGACUCACCGAUAGUUCAGCCGGCUCAAUGUCAGGGGCUGCAGCUGUCACAACAGCAGUGUCAUCACCACGAGGAAGAGCAUCACCAGCACCCGCGUCGUUGAUGAACACAUGGGCACCGUCAGGGCGGCGCUUUUUGUCUACAUACCAAGACUGCCGUUUCUUCAUCUCGUCUACGUUCCUUGACAUGGAGAACGAGCGCAACGCGUUGGUGCUUGAUGUCUUUCCCCGUCUGCGUCGCUGGGCGGCGGAGGCGGGGCUGCACCUCAACAUUCUUGAGGUGGACCUCCGCUGGGGCAUCACCGAAGAUGCAUCGAGUGCCGACUUGUCACUCUCCGUCUGCCUCAACGAAGUUUCGCGCUGUACCCCGUUCUUCCUCGGUGUGCUCGGCUCCCGCUACGGCUACUGCCCGCCCACACUCUACCACCGCCUCGACGACGACGUGGACGCGGACGACUUUGCGUGGCUGCGGCAGCUGCCCCACGGCAACGAGGCACGGAUGUCUGUAACGGAGAUGGAGAUGCGGCACGCACUCUUCACCGCGACGCGGCGAACAGGGCUGACGGUGCCACGCACAAUGGCCUUUCUCGUGCGCGAUCACGCCGCGUUGAUGUCAUCGCUGUCGGUGAGUGAACAGCGCGCGUACGCCCCUGACACGCCGACGACGAUGGAGUCAAUGAAGAAGCUGACAGCGUAUCUAAAAGGGCAGGGCUCACCGGUGAUCCCGUACACGGCGAUUGGCGCAACACCGAUGGAUAACACGCUCUCAGCAUUUGCCAUGACGUCUUCGGCAGCGAUGACCGCAACAGCUGGAAUGACAACGAUGGCGGCACAACAAGUGCCACUUGACAUGACAGAUUUUUCGCGUAAGGCGUUUUUCGCCCUGAAGGCAAUUGUGAAACAACACUGUGGGCUUUCAUUGGAUGGAAGCUACAUAGAAUGCGCGGGGUUCGAUGGGGACAAUACAAUGAAUGCACGAAACGAUGGCAACUUGCACCAUCAAGGGCAUGAUACGAGAGGGAUGAGUGACGCUGGCACACUGUAUGGGCGUGAGUACAUGGAUCAAUUAAGAUUCACAUCGACGCUACUCAAAACGUGUGUGCCUCCUAUGGGUCUUGUGGAGAAGUUGACGCUCUUCGCUCUUACAGGGCGUCGUCCUACAGCCGCUUCGUGCGCUUCCGCUGCCGUGGCAGAAGCAGGCGCCUUGAUUGAUCACCAAAGUGAUUCUGAGCGUAACGUUCUUCUUCUGCAGGGUGCGGAGGGGAAUGGUGCCUCCACCAUCGCUGCUGCCGUUGCAUCGCACAUCACUGAGAUGGAGGAUCCCAAUGUUGCAGUUCUCCACUUCUCUUGUCAGGCGAGCGACGGGAGUCUGCGACGUCUGGUGUACUAUAUCGCCUUCUCGCUGGUGUACCGCCUCGGGCUGGAGGAGGACUUCCGUGUGCGGGAGAGUGACUCUGUCACAACGCUCUUGCAGCUCCUCCCACGCGUGUAUGCCGCUGCACGUAAAAAGAAGCAUAUAUGCAUCAUCCUCGACGGCAUGGACAAGUCCUCGUACGCGGCGGAGAUGCGCAGUAGCCUCGGCUGGAUCGUUCUCCCUGGCACCGCUCCAGAGAUUCUCUUCAUUAUCACCGCCACACUUGGCAGUCCGCUUAGUACUGUGCUGAAGUCGCGCGUCCCACCGGCGUGGAGCCUCGCGCUGCCAGACUUGAGUAUGUCAGAGCGUGCCGAAGUUGUGCGACGGCACCUUGCGUCCUAUGGGAAACGUCUACAGGAGUCGCUUCGCGUGAAUGAGCUCAAGCUGCUCCUGCGCAAGACACAGGCCAACCAAGCCUCGUACCUCACAUACGCUAUCACGCACCUGCGGCUCUUCAGCGCCUAUGACACGCUGCGAAGGGACAUCGUGAGUCUCCCGUCCACGCUCCCACAGCUGCAGCUUGAGACGUACAAGAAGCUGGAGGAACGUUUCGACGUGGUCACGUGCCGCUCUGUUCUCGUCGCGCUCUACCUCUCACAUGGGAUUGGUGGCAUGAGAGAGUUCAACCUUUACCGCCUAGUGUCGAACGUUUCGAGUGCGUCCCGGCUCGUCGCGCUGCUCACUGGAACGUGCCUGCGUGUGACACGGCGGCGUGUGGACAUCUCGAGUGCUUUGUUUGAGGCGUCCAUUGCGGCGCGGUAUCUCCCACGCUCGUCGGACGUCGUGGACGCAUGCGCAUGCAUGUUGGUGGCGGAGCUGUACUUCCGAAGGCUUUCCAUUGAUGCCGCACGGUACGAGGUGCGCGAUAGCAUUCGUCACGCCAUGGAGUCCAUUAGGCAUGAUCCGGUAGAGACGUGCUUGUUCCGCCCGAAGCGCUACACUGCGAAUCAGCUGCUGUCUCUGCUCCACCUGGCGUUGCGGGCAAAGGAGUAUGACGUGCUCGCCACACUUGCCACGUAUCUGCCGUUCCUCGAGAACCUCAUUACGGAUGCAGUGCGCUUGCAGCGAUUGAUGAACAUACUUUCGCAGGCGGCACUGUCGAACGCAUUACUGUCGCGUAGACUGGCACCAGUCACUGAUUUCCUGCAGCAGGCAUAUCAUGUCCUCUCAGAUCGUCCCAGCCUUCUGAGGCAGUGUGUAUACAAUCGAAUGAAGGAAAACAUCUUCCAUGGCGUGCCCAACAGCAGGGCCAAGGCCCGGAUGUGGGUGAGGUGGAUAAGUCGAAGCCAGCACGGUGAGGAGGGUCGCACCAUCGCAUUCCCAUCCACAGAACCAUUGCAGUGCCUUGCGCUGAGUGAUGACGGUAAAUACAUGGCUGGCGGUAGUGAUGAUAUGAUGGUGCGUGUGAUGCCGCAAGGAGCGGUGGACGAGAUUGCCGCUUCGCUAAAGCACAACGCCCCUGUCACCGCAUUAGCUUUCCUGCCUCACCGGUCGCAUAUUCUCGUGACGGGGUGUGGGCGCGGGCACCUUCGCCUGUGGAAUCUUGAAGACAACAGUCUCCUGCAGCAGAGUCUUACGCCACAUCGGCGCUGUAUCUCGUCGCUUGCCUGUCACCCCACUGACAACGUCGUUUGCACCGGCAGCCACGACAGUACAUGUGCCUUCUGGCUUGUGGUAGGCAGCGUCGCGGAGGCCACCGUGCGGUCGAGUGUGGAACCGAGCGAAGUGCUAAGGCAUCACCGCGCGCCCGUCUCAUGUGUGGCGUACCACAGCUCUGGCGAGAUCCUUGCAACGGGGUCGUGGGAGGGGCGUGUCUUCUUCAUCAAUGUGCAGCGCCCGCUGGCGGAGACCACCUGCACCAAACAAAAGGCAUACUUCAAGCUGCCGUAUGAGCAUCUCGUGAUGGAGAUGUGUAGUCCAGUUCGAGCCCUGGCCUUCACACCCUCAAUGGUCGUGACAUGUGCGGUGGCACUUUACGAUGGUGAUGUCUGGCUCUACGACUACGCCUCCGCGUCAUGCAGCGCAAACCUCAAGCUUCAUGCUGGUAUUCCCGUUACAUCACUCGCCUUCUCUCCGGACGCAAAGUUGAUGGCCUCCGCCAAUGAACACGGUGGUGUGUGUAUCACGUACGCCGGUGUAGCAGGAACUAAGGUGUGCUCCCUCAACGGUCACCGCCGCGCCGUUAACGCCAUUGCUUUUCAUCAGCAGAAGCCAUCGGUACUCUUCACUUCUUCACAGGAGAGAAGCCUCAAAGAGUGGUCGAUUGGCCAAGCUGCGCAUGGCAAUGACGUGUACGCGAUGGAAGGGACACAUGCUUUGACUGUCACGGCGUGCGCAGCUGCGUCUGACGGUUCCUUCUUUGUCACAGGUGGUGUGGACGGGUUGGCGUUCGUAUUCAACGGUAUUGGGUCCGACGGUGACAGCAAGGCUCAUCCCACCAGCAAUAAGGAGUACCUCUUCACACCGCUUUUCACCCUCUCUCAUGAGCAGAAUCGUGUCUCAUGCAUUUGCAUUGGAAUGCAGAACAGCCGCAUCUUGUGUGGCACAGGAGUGGGGGAGGUGUUUGUAUGGGCUGCGACUCCCGGGAUUGAUCGCCGAGAAGGGCGCCUGCUCCAGCGUCUCCGUGUGUCACGGAAUGGGGUGUACCCUGUCGUUUUCAUCGAGUGCGUGAGGGUGGAGGGCAGGGCGGAAGCGUCCAAGCAGCACUAUGACGACGCAAUGAAUGCAGCCUCAUCGCUCAAGCCACUCUGCACACGCGCAACGGCGCUGGCGACGAACGGAAUGUUAGUGACGUGGGAAGUGCACGACGAAGAUAAGUCCAUGGCAACCAUGAGAGGAGACGCAUGGAGAGGCAGCUGCAGCGAUUCAACCGACGGGGAAGGCGACGGGUCUUGCUCCACUUUGGCGACGGAUUCUGAUCUCCCUGAGGUCACAUCGCAGUGUCAUGGCUCACACAGUAGCCGAAGCGCUCGUUCGGUGGCUUCGGAAUCCGAGGACGGAGGGAUGGGAAGAAGCAGCGUGAGUAGUGACGUGAUACCGUCACUUCGGCGCGUAGCGCUCAAGUGGGUGGCGGGGUACGAGGACUUGCAGCAAGAAAAAGAGGGAAGGGUGUCUGAGUGGAUGUCGUCUUUCCCCUGCAAUGAGGAUUCGUUAGCCGCUAUUUCUGACGCCGCGGAGGAGAUCGUUGCGGCCGUUCCGUUCGUGCACCAGCGAGAGAUGCAGCAGGAGGAGGACGGGGAGGAGCCGCCCCUAGACGGUCACUAUAUUGUUCUUGGGCGGACUCAAUGCCACCUCGCCGUGGCGUCCCUCCACUCGCUUGUUGUUGUGCCGAUGCGACGCGCAGCGCAGCAGUGCGGCUGUGCCACGCCUGCGAGCGACUCCGACUACACACUGGAGAAGGGAGAGAAUUUCCUCUGUGNGAGCAGCUGUGUUCGUGUCCAGGCGAUGUGGCCGGAAAAUGGCAACAGUACACCCUCCGCUAUGCUCUUCGCCGUCGGAACGAGUUCCGGCACCGUGCUGUUGCUCGAGGCCUCGUACAACACAUCGGACGGUGGUGGUGCGGUACGGGCCAGCAGCGACGACGUGACGACGCCCUUGAUGUUUGCGCAUCAGCAACGCGUGCGGCUAGAGGUUCGACACUCUGCGGUUAUUAAGAGCCGUCACGGCCGGCGUCUACCGGUGGACGCCGUUGCGCUGGCAGCGCCAGGCACUGUGCUGACAGACACCACAAAAGAACCAAGCGUGCUGCAGGACGCACAGACCUCGCUUCUGCUGACGGUGGGCGGCCGUGACGGCUCCGUGCGCCUCUUCACAGUGUUCCCGUUCCGCGACACGGCGGAGGGGGUCGCGCGUCAGAAAGACGGCGCCGCCGCCGUGAUGGACGAAGAGGAAGACGAGGAAGAUGAGGAGGAGACCACCGAGGAGGCUGGGGAGGCGGGGCGUACCGCAAGUAUCAGUUGCUUUCAAGAGAAGGGCAUUUUCUUUGCGUCGUCUGGCGUGACGGCCGCUGCGGUGGUGCGGAUGACGGCCAACUCGUCGCUGCGCCACUCGCGCAAAGCCUCAGCAGCAGCAGCAGCGGGCCGCAGGAUGUCCGCUAUAGCGCAGCCAAAUGUCAUGUACAUUGCCGGCGACUGGCUUGGUAACGUCUAUCAGUUGCGGCUCGAGCAAAUGGGUGCCGCCCAGAAUAAGGCGAAUGCGUUGUCGCGUUGGAGGGCGGCAGCGGCAACUCUCUUCCGUUGGUCCGCUGCAGGGGCAGGUGAGGGCGAGAAGAAGUGGGACCGCCGUUACACUUCUCUGGGGCUCCUGCCAUUGUACGGGAGGGCGGCUUCAGCUGCAGUGGUAGGAGCAGCAGAAGUUGAUGCAGAAGCGUCUUUCGCUGAGCGAAAACUGCCCAACUGGCGUCGUGAGGAGCGACGCAUCACGGCGAUGUUUGCUCCGUCAACGGCGGAGGCGACGGGCGGGGCUCCCAUCAUGGCAGCUCUGCGUGAAACUGACUCACUUGUGCUACCACCAUCGCCGCCGCCGCCGCCGCCGCCGCCGCCUGCAGAGCCGGCACCCCCAACGCUGUUAGCAGCGGACAUGCCAUCGUACGAAAUGAUACUUCAGAGCGUACCACCCGGUUUGGACGCGCAGCAGCGGAAGCAGUGGCUGAAGGAGCGGCAGCGUCUCCUCAUUGACGCACUGCAGGCACAGCGCAGGGCGGCAAAGGCGCGUGCGGUGCUCGCCCAGUACUCAAAAGAUGUUCUUCUCUCGUUGGACGCGUCCUUCAAAAGGUAA